UGAAGAGGUAGCGCCCCAUUAGCCUAAAUGGAUAUUAUCAACCGUUUGUUAAUACCCAACUGGACCUUGCUGCAGCUUGCGACCCGAGAAGCACGGCCGUCAACCAUGUCAAUUCCUGCGGGAAACAGGUGUUCUGAUCGUCCCGCUUCGACCGUCCGAGUGGGGGAAUCCGACAGCGAGAGGAAGUCCGACCUGUACGACGAUGAUUGAGGAAUUGUCACUCUUUAACCUCGGGCAUUGAAUUCCAGAAGAGAGAGGCGAAGAGAGAAUAGCUGUCGUGGCCAUCGUAACGCUUCCGUCUCUAUUCUGUCAGGCUCCGAGAUUGCAUCGUCGAGUGGCUAAAGACCAUCAUGGCACCUUCAGCGAUAAUCGAUCCGCCGGCAUCGACGACGCCGAAAUACGUUGACGGCGCCUUGAUCACCGACGUGGAGAAGCACGGCGACAAUCCCGUCGUCAUUCGACUGACCGACGAGGAGCUUCAUUCGGGAAAGACGCGCCCGGAGACACUGCAAGAAUGUCUCAAGUACUUCCACCGAGACGGCUUCGUGGUGCUGGAAAACGCCAUCCCCGACGAGCUGGUCGACCGGCUGUACAACCGCAUGGUGAAAGACAAUGUCGAGUUCCUCCGGAAGAAGCACAUGCACUGGAACCAGGGCGCUGCCACGGGGAAUGUCAGCCAAAUCCCACCCCUUGAACCCGACUACCUGGACCGCGAAUUCUAUGCGAACUCUCACAUGAUCCACGUGGUGGAAAAUCUGCUCGGACCCAAACCUGAGCUUCGCUUCAUCAACAGCAACGUGGCCUGUCCGGGCGGCACGGGGCGUCAAGCUGUGCACAGCGACGUCAGCCAUGACUGGCCCGUGAUCCCGUUCGGGCUCGUCAUGAACAUCUACCUGCAGGACUCGGAUGAGAGGAACGGCGUGACAGAGGUCUGGUGCGGCACACACAACGCCUACCCACAGAAAGAACAGCAGGCAUUUCCCGAGCGCGGAUGGAUCAAGAAAGAGUACAUCCAGGAGCGAGCCAAGGUCAAGCCUCCCGUACAGCCCAAGGUGCGCAAAGGCAGCAUCUGCUUCCGCGACCUGCGGCUCUGGCACGCCGGCAUGCCCAACAAGAGCGACAAGCACCGCAUCAUGCUGGCCAUAGACUACUUUGCGCAGUGGUACCAGUGUCCCAUGACCACCAAGCUGCCGCUGGCUAUGAAGGACAAGAUCGAGCGAGAGUGGGAGGGCAUCUCGACCGCCGGGGUUGAAUGGGUCGAGGGUGACUUGAACAGUUUGGACGUACCCUUCUACCUGAACAUGACCCAGGAUCCGAAACUGUAUCUGCUGCAGACCGAGAAGGGUUUCCAAGACCUCAAGGGCCGGCAGACGGGCGAGUACAGGUUUGAUUCGGCAAAGGUCACGGACCAGAACUAUUGGACCCCAGAGUGAAGCAUAUCAAACACGUGCGCGAGCG